AUGCAAAGAAGAAAAUAUUCAGAAAACAUACAAGUUUUCAAUCAAAUUUUGGAAGAAAAGCGCAGCUUGGUCGCACUUCAAAGAAAAAUUGAGUCUUUGCAAUCCAAAAGAAGAAAAAUCAAGAUUUUAGUCCAAAUUUCAAAUGUAAAAUUUGACAAAAAAAGCGUAGAGGCGAAUGAAAUUGAAUAUACUCCUAAUAUUGAAAGGAAGUGUAUCAAGCCAAAUUUUGCAUCUUUCUUUGAUUUAAUGAAGUUCGGCAAGGAAAGAAAAGAGCGACUUCUAAGACACAGAAAAUCUGAGACUCCAGCUAUAAAAUCUAUUAAAAAUGAGAGCUUAAGCGAGAUUCCUCCAUUUAUUGGGAGUAAAAAUAUUCCAAGUAAAGAAUAUUUCAGCCCGCUAAGACCUUAACCUUAAAUAUUUAUAAAGAAGUUCCUAAUAGCGCCUGAGGGUGCGGAACUCCACCUUGCUUCGCUGAGCCGCCUUCGCCCGCCCCAGCAAGGGAUUAACUCCUCUCCAUCUGAGGCUCGCAUCUAACGGAGAGUGGAGUGGGCUGGGUCACCAUGCCGUACAUCAGAAGAGGUUUACUGCAUAAUAAUUAGCCGACUGUCAGCAAAAGCGAGAACUUGCAGCCUAGGGCAUAACUCCUGGUUUUACAUUAGUGAGUUGCCCGAUAAACCUAAAAGGCUUUGCUGAGCUUCCCCUUUACAAGUCUAAGCCCCACUUUCCCUCGAUGUAAAAUCCAGCUCUGAAAACGGACUAAAGCUAGCCCUAAUCGGAUUAGGAUUAGUUACCUAGCAUUAACUGUCUAUUUCUGGGCUGGCAAAACCUUGCCGGGUAUAAUUAAAAUAUAUGCUUGAAACUGCAUGAUUGAACUACAUGCCCGAACUAAGAUGCUAUAUUUUUAAUUAUGCCCACUAAGACCAAAGACACCAACUGAAGCUUAUAAACCUUUAAUAAACAGCAGGGUAAGAUCAGUCCGUUGAGUGAAAAGAAAAAAUAUGCCUAAUAGUGAUUUUUCAUAUUCUCAAUCUCCUGUGCAGGAAAAAUCCAACUCCAUAUUUGAAGAUGGGCAACUGGGUUUCUUGCAAGUUAAUAGGAGCAAUAAAGUUUGUAAGAUAAAAAAUAUAUAA